CUGAGCGAAACAGGAUAUCCCAUUUGCAUUGCUGCUGUGUUUGUUAUCUGUCCUUCUUUGGCCUCUCUCUCGCUCUCGACACACACAGACACUCUCUCUCUCUCUCACUCUCUUCACAUAACCGCAAAAACCAUCUCCUCAAUUUUCCGAUUCCCCUUUUCCUCCAAAACCUAUCAUCACACUCAUGGAAUUCAAUCUUCAAUGAGAUUCCUCAUCUUCAAAUCAUGGCAUCUACUACUCCUUCCAUGUCAGUUUCGUUGGAGUGUGUAAACGCGUGUAAUUUGUGGAGAGGGGAUGGAAAUGGAAGACAUGAUUGUAGUUAUCAAUCGUGUGCGUGGAAAUCUCCUAGGGUUCUUACUGGAUUUCUUGCUACUACGGCUCGUCCUCAUCAUUACUUGUUGAAUGGGCGGAAUGGAAGAAGGAAUGGAUAUAGUUUUGCAUGUGAAGCCUUUAGUAUAGUAGGUUCAUAUUCUGAUGAAACACUUGGCAAUGGCAUCACACAUCGUGAUGGAUUCUCUAGAUCUAUCUUUUCUAGAUUUGCUCCUAGACAACGGAAAUUAUCUUGUUCUUCGGCUUUUUCGAUGGAUACUGCCAGCGAGUUUUCCCCUAGAAGCUUGUGGGAGGAUCUUAAGCCCGUGAUCUCGUAUCUUCCUCCUAAAGAACUAGAGUUAGUCCAUAAUGCUUUUAUGUUGGCAUUUAAAGCUCAUGAUGGUCAGAAAAGGCGCAGCGGUGAACCCUUCAUCAUUCAUCCAGUUGAGGUUGCACGAAUUCUUGGAGAACUUGAACUUGAUUGGGAGUCAAUUGCUGCUGGAUUACUUCAUGACACGGUUGAAGAUACAGAUGUUGUGACUUUUGAGAGGAUAGAGGAAGAAUUUGGUGCUACGGUGCGCCACAUUGUGGAAGGAGAGACCAAGGUGUCAAAGCUGGGAAAGUUGAAGUACAAGAAUGAAAAAGAUUCUGCUCAAGAUGUGAAAGCAGAGGACCUAAGGCAAAUGUUUCUGGCUAUGACUGAGGAGGUUCGUGUUAUUAUCGUCAAAUUAGCAGAUAGGUUACAUAACAUGCGCACUCUAUCACACAUGCCUCCACAUAAACAAACUAGCAUUGCGAUGGAAACAUUACAGGUAUUUGCUCCUUUGGCAAAGUUGCUUGGGAUGUAUCAAAUUAAGUCAGAACUAGAAAACCUAUCAUUUAUGUACACAAAUGCUGAAGAUUAUGCAAAGGUGAAGAGAAGAGUUGCUGACUUAUUCAAAGAACAUGAGAAAGAUCUUUUAGAGGCUAACAAAAUAUUGUUAAAGAAAAUCCAAGAUGAUCAAUUCUUAGACCUUUUGACAGUUAAAACAGAAAUUCGAGCUGUCUGCAAAGAGCCUUACAGUGUCUACAAAGCUGUGCUCAAAUCUAAAGGUUUGAUCAAUGAGAUUAACCAAAUUGCACAGCUUCGUAUCAUUAUUAAACCAAAGCCGUACAUUGGAGAUGGGCCUUUAUGCAGUCCACAGCUGAUUUGCUAUCAUGUUCUGGGGUUGAUCCAUGGAAUUUGGACCCCAAAUCCUAGAUCUAUGAAAGAUUAUAUUGCAACCCCUAAACCUAAUGGGUACAAGAGUCUUCAUAGCAUUGUGAUUCCGUUUUUGUAUGAGAGUAUGUUCAGGCUUGAAAUCCAGAUUAGAACAGAAGAAAUGGACUUGAUAGCUGAGAGGGGCAUUGCAGCUCAUUAUAGUGGGAGAGAAUUUGUUACUGGACUGGUUGGAAGUGCAGUGCCCAGCAGUAAAAGCUCAAGGGGGAAGACAGUGUGUCUUAGCAAUGCCAACAUUGCACUCAGAAUUGGCUGGCUCAAUGCUAUUAGGGAGUGGCAAGAAGAGUUUGUUGGCAACAUGAGUUCUAGGGAAUUUGUGGACACUGUUACAAGAGAUCUUUUGGGCAGUCGAGUCUUUGUAUUUACACCCAGGGGAGAGAUUAGGAAUCUACCUCAAGGUGCUACAGUAAUUGAUUAUGCUUAUAUGAUACACACUGAAAUUGGCAACAAGAUGGUAGCUGCAAAGGUCAAUGGCAACCUUGUUUCUCCUGCACGCGUGCUUGCUAAUGCAGAAGUUGUAGAGAUAAUCACAUAUAAUGCACUUUCCAGCAAAUCAGCUUUUCAAAGGCAUAAGCAGUGGUUGCAACAUGCUAAAACACGGAGUGCGAGACAUAAAAUAAUGAAAUUUCUGAAGGAACAAGCUGCACUUUCCGCGGCUGAUAUCACCACAGAAGCAGUUAAUGAAUUUCUAAGUGAUUCUGACAAAGAUAGAGAAUCUGAAAAGCUGCCAAAUGGUUCCAGUGGUUCUAAAGAUAGGAGUGGGAAAAUAUUAUUGAACGGUGUGGAAAUAUCAACUUCAGAAAGAAGUGAGACUGUCCUCCAGAGUAAGAAUGGAAGUGCAUGGACCCCUAAGCUCAAUGGAAAACACAAUAAGCAUGUGCAUCAUUUAAGUUUGAAUGGCAAAGGGGACAUGAUGUUGCAGGGAAACCAUGUUGCCAAUAUGAUUCAAGUAAACAAUCCAAAAUAUAAAGAAGUCCUGCCAGGUUUAGAAAGAUGGAAAGCCCAUAAAAUUGCCUCGUGGCACAAUAUAGAAGGACACUCUAUCCAAUGGUUAUCUUUAGUAUGCAUAGACCGAAGAGGCAUGAUGGCGGAGGUCAGUACGGUAUUGGCCACAGCAGAUAUAACCAUAUGCUCUUGUGUGGCUGAGAUUGAUCGAGGAAGGGGAAUGGCUGUUAUGCUAUUUCAUAUAGAAGGAAAUUUAGAAAAUUUGGUGAAUGCUUGCUCUAGAGUAGAUCAAAUACUGGGUGUUUUGGGAUGGUCUACUGGCUGCAGCUGGCCAAGCUUGAUGGAAAACCAUGGCGUUCUCGAAUGCUAGAUGAAUGAUCAGAUCUUGAACUAAGUUUUGUCCGCAGAAGCGCAGACAUUUAUAUGUCUAAAUUUUGGUUUACAGUUCUCAUAUAUUUGUUCCAAUUCACUAACCCAAUAAACAGGCAGCGUCCAGCCAAUUGAGCCAAAGUCUCAGAAACUCGAAACUGAAGGCAUUGUUGUAUAUAGAAAAGAGUGAUAGGAUAAAAGAGUAUACACUGUAAAGUACUUGUGCAGCAUUUACACAAGGAGCUUGCUAGGAUAUCUUUACUUUAAUUCCAUUCCUACCAAACGUGUGAUUAAGUGCUCGGUAUGAUGGCAUUCUUUAUAUAGGAUAGGGUCAGCAGACGAGCAUUCUGAAUUCUUUCUUUUUUUUUUUACUUGUAAAAAGUUCCAUAUCUUCUUUUAUAUACAUAAUUUUACUUUAUUGAAAUGUGGCUUCUCAGAAUAUA